AUGACUACAGCCAACUUCUUCCACAUUGACACCGACUCCUACACGGGCAAGCCCUGGAGCAAAGUCGACGGUCCCGGUAACAACUUCGUGCGGAAGGAACAUUCUCGAACAGUCCACAAUUUACGCGGUCGAGAAGAUGAAUUCACAACCAACAACUCUGGCUUCGCAGUCUACAAUCAUCCUGCCAAGGAGACCCAAUUUACCGACGACACAGCAGUAAGAGAAGGAUACUACACCGAAGUCGAGUCUCUCCUCCGCACCAAGAUACCUGGCAUCAAGAAAAUAGUCAUCUUCGACCACACCAUCCGGCGACGAAAGAAGGAUUCCCCUCGCCAGCCAGUUCAACAGGUGCAUGUCGAUCAAACACCCGGCGCUGCAGAAGUGCGUGUGCGGCGCCACCUUCCGGAGAAUGAAGCAGACGAACUGGUCAAAGGAAGAUACCAAAUCAUCAACGUUUGGCGUCCUAUCGAGAACCCUGCCUCAGACCACCCGCUCGCUGUGAUAGACUGGCGUACCACCUCGCCAUCCGACUUCAUCGCCACAGACCUUCUCUACCCCAAAGACCAAUCCCUAGGCGAGACUGGCACAGAAGCCCUUCCAGAUUCAGAAAAGUACACAUCGACCGCAGGGUACGAGGUCAAAGGUGAAACGAUGGCUGUGGCCCCGAACGAGAGCCACAAGUUUUACUAUCAGAAAGAUAUGACACCUGACGAGGUGCUGUUGUUGAAGUGCUUUGACAGCUGGGGCGAGGGCAUGCCGAAUGGGAAGCAGGGUCUCGCGGUCAGAACGCCUCACACGGCUUUUGCGGAUCCGCAAACUCCUAAGGAUGCGCCGGGGCGUCAAAGUAUCGAAGUUAGGUGCUUGGUCUUCUACGAGUAG